GCAGGGACUGGUUGCGCCAUGCUUCAGUAGUAAACGCGGAGCUGCAGCUUUAGCUCACUGUAACUUAUUAAACCUUGUGCAUUGCGGAAAAAGCGCAUCACACCAGCGCAAACUUCCCUCGCUUCGUUUCUGCGCACUGGUUUAAUAGCGUGAGUUUGAACAUGCCGAACAUCGUGCUGUUCAGCGGCAGCUCUCACCACGACCUGUCCCAGAAAGUAGCAGAUCGUCUCGGACUGGAGCUGGGAAAAGUCAUCACCAAGAAGUUCAGCAACCAGGAGACCUGUGUGGAAAUAGGCGAGAGCGUCCGAGGCGAGGACGUGUACAUUAUACAGAGCGGCUGUGGAGAGAUCAAUGACAACCUAAUGGAGCUGCUGAUUAUGAUCAACGCAUGCAAGAUCGCCUCGUCGUCCCGGGUCACCGCCGUCAUCCCCUGCUUCCCUUACGCUCGGCAGGACAAGAAGGACAAAAGUCGUGCACCUAUUUCUGCCAAGCUAGUGGCUAAUAUGUUGUCGGUGGCUGGAGCGGAUCACAUAAUCACUAUGGAUCUUCAUGCUUCACAGAUCCAGGGAUUUUUUGACAUUGCCGUGGACAACCUGUACGCAGAACCUGCCGUCCUUCAGUGGAUCAGAGAAAACAUUCCUGAGUGGAAAAACUGCAUCAUUGUUUCACCAGAUGCAGGUGGUGCUAAAAGGGUGACAUCCAUCGCUGACCGCCUGAACGUGGAGUUCGCCCUCAUUCACAAAGAGCGCAAGAAAGCAAACGAGGUGGACCGUAUGGUGCUGGUCGGGGACGUGAAGGACAGAGUGGCCAUCCUGGUGGACGAUAUGGCCGACACUUGUGGAACCGUCUGUCAUGCUGCUGAUAAGCUGAUCUCUGCUGGUGCAAUAAAGGUCUACGCCAUUCUCACCCAUGGUAUUUUCUCGGGCCCUGCCAUCUCGCGCAUCAACAAUGCUCCGUUUGAGGCCGUGGUCGUCACCAACACCAUUCCACAAGAGGAGAAGAUGAAGCAGUGUCCCAAAAUUCAGGUCAUUGACAUCGCCAUGAUCCUCGCUGAGGCCAUUCGAAGAACCCACAACGGAGAAUCUGUCUCGUACCUUUUUAGCCACGUACCAUUGUAAAGAUGACUACACUGAAAAGCAUUUAGACCACCAAUCCUGCAUCAUUCCACUGUAGGAGUCUUAAGAGUAAAUCAUGUGUGAUAGGCCGUAGCAAGCAGCCGGCUCUUGUAAAUCUCGCCCACAUCAGAGUUUGUUAUUCUUUAGGCUGUAAGUUACUUUAUCAGCAUACCUCAUGUUUGUUAUUUUGUAUUUGACUUUUGAUUUCUUAAAAGUAUUUUAUGGAAGUCUAGUCCCGUCACCUACAAUUAGGAAAGAAAACAGAACCUUGUUUUUUUUUUCAAUAUUAACUGAAGUCUCAUUAUCAUUAUUUUGAGAUACAAAGUCAUCAUAGUAUACAAAAUCAUGAUUUUGGGAUAGCAAUUAACUUACUAAUGAAAACAUAAUUAGGUGCUGGAUUUCAUUUUAUUUUAGGUGGUGGGAAUGGACUUCUCAUAUUAGUAUUUCAUUCCUCCUUAAGUACCCAUUUAUAAAUAGUUCCACUACAACCAGAUGUAAUUUUUUUUCCCAAAGACGGUGGAGAAAAAGGAGUGGUGUUAAACUUUUAAUUUUGUAAACCUUUAGCAUAAAUCAAGAAUCCAAUGUGUUUGUACUUUGUGAUGCAGUUCAUUCACACUUUUGGUUAAAAACCAGAAUAAAAUUGAAUACAAAAGAA